CGUCUCUUGUAUGUAGUUGCGUUAGGUCAUCAUAGUGUGAUUUUUGUUUGGAAAUGCAUGUUUGAACCAGAGUGAAUAAAUAAUCACCCAUCCUUUGGGAUAAAAUAUCCAGGAUUGCUUGUCGGUUUAUUUCACACGUGUUCACAGCCUGCCAGGGUGGUGACAGUCCAGCCAUGGCACAGCAGGAUGCGCCUGCCAAUAAGGCUGCUGCCCCGAACCUGGCCGUGCUGCACUCCAAUUUUAUCAUCGGCUCUGUGUCAGAGGAGAACUCUGAGGAUGAGUUUUUGGGGAAGCCAGACCUGACGCUGGGCCUGGAGGAGAAGGAGCGCUCCAUAUCCCCCACCUCUAGCCUCAGUUCAGAGAACAGCAGCUACGAGAUGGGCUUUGACAACAUUGACGGACCCCACAUGAGUUGUUCACACAGACCAAGCAUGUCUGGGCUGCACCUGGUCAAGCAGGGGCGAGACCGCCGUCGCAUCGACCUGCAGAGAGAUUUCACUGUGGCCUCCCCCGCCGAGUUCGUCACCCGCUUCGGAGGCAAUAAGGUCAUCGAGAAGGUCCUCAUUGCCAACAAUGGCAUCGCGGCGGUUAAGUGCAUGCGCUCCAUCCGCCGCUGGGCUUACGAGAUGUUCCGCAACGAGCGCGCCAUCCGUUUUGUCGUCAUGGUAACCCCCGAGGACCUGAAGGCCAAUGCAGAGUACAUAAAGAUGGCCGACCACUAUGUGCCGGUGCCAGGAGGGACCAAUAACAAUAACUAUGCCAACGUGGAGCUCAUUCUGGACAUUGCCAAGCGAAUACCUGUGCAGGCUGUAUGGGCUGGGUGGGGCCACGCCUCAGAGAAUCCCAAACUCCCAGAGCUGCUCAUGAAGAAUGGCAUUGCCUUCAUGGGUCCUCCUAGCCAGGCCAUGUGGGCACUAGGGGACAAGAUCGCCUCAUCCAUCGUGGCUCAGACAGCUGGCAUCCCUACCCUGCCAUGGAGUGGCGCAGGACUCACAGUGGAUUGGACAGAGAGUGACCAGAAGAAGAGGAUCAUCAACGUUCCCCCUGAUCUGUAUGAGCUGGGCUGCAUCCAUGAUGUGGAGGCAGGACUGAAGGCUGCGGAGGUGGUGGGCUACCCCGUGAUGGUGAAGGCUUCCGAGGGAGGUGGAGGAAAGGGCAUCCGCAAAGUCAACUGUGCUGAUGACUUCCCCAACCUCUUCAGACAGGUCCAGACUGAGGUUCCAGGCUCACCCAUCUUUGUGAUGCAGCUGGCCAAACACGCUCGUCACCUGGAGGUCCAGCUCCUGGCUGACCAGUACGGCAACGCCAUCUCCCUGUUCGGCAGGGACUGCUCCGUACAGCGGCGACACCAGAAGAUCAUAGAAGAGGCUCCCGCCACCAUCUCCACCUCAGCCGUUUUUGAGGACAUGGAGAGGUGUGCAGUGAAGCUGGCUAAGAUGGUGGGCUACGUCAGUGCUGGCACAGUGGAGUAUCUCUACAGCCAAGAUGGCAGCUUCUACUUCCUAGAACUCAACCCUCGUCUGCAGGUGGAACACCCCUGUACUGAGAUGGUGGCCGACGUCAACCUGCCUGCUGCACAGCUACAGAUUGCCAUGGGGAUCCCCCUGCACCGUAUUAAGGACAUCAGAAUGAUGUAUGGGGUCCAGCCCUGGGGAGACUCUAUGAUUGACUUUGAGGGUCUGUCCACGGCCCCCUCCCCACGUGGGCAUGUCAUCGCUGCCCGCAUCACCAGUGAGAACCCGGAUGAGGGUUUCAAGCCGAGCUCGGGCACGGUGCAGGAGCUGAACUUCCGCAGUAACAAGAAUGUGUGGGGAUACUUCAGUGUGGCCGCGGCCGGAGGCCUGCAUGAGUUUGCAGACUCCCAGUUUGGCCACUGCUUCUCCUGGGGUGAGAACCGAGAGGAGGCCAUCUCUAACAUGGUGGUGGCACUGAAGGAGCUGUCUAUCAGAGGAGACUUUAGGACCACAGUGGAGUACCUCAUCAAGCUUCUGGAGACUGAGAGCUUCCAGCACAACACCAUUGACACAGGCUGGCUGGACAGGCUCAUCUCAGAGAAGAUGCAGGCAGAGCGUCCUGACACCAUGCUGGGCAUAGUGAGCGGGGCUCUCCAUGUGGCUGACGUCAACCUGAGGAACAGUGUCUCCAACUUCCUGCACUCUCUAGAAAGAGGCCAGGUGCUGCCCGCACACACCCUUCUCAACACCGUGGAUGUGGAGUUGAUCUAUGAGGGUACUAAGUAUUGUCUGAAGGUCACGCGUCAGUCCCCCAACUCCUAUGUGGUCAUCAUGAACAGCACCGCUGCCGAGGUGGACGUCCAUCGCCUCAGCGACGGGGGCCUGUUGCUCUCCUACGACGGCAGCAGCUACACCACCUACAUGAAGGAGGAGGUGGACCGGUACCGCAUCACCAUUGGGAACAAGACGUGUGUGUUUGAGAAGGAGAACGACCCGUCCCUGCUUCGCUCGCCCUCAGCAGGGAAACUCAUCCAGUACACCGUGGAGGACGGGGGGCACGUGUUCUCUGGCCAGUGUUACGCUGAGAUAGAGGUGAUGAAGAUGGUGAUGACUCUGACGGCGCUGGUAUCCGGCUGUAUCCACUAUGUGAAGAGACCCGGUGCCGUGCUGGAGCCUGGCUGCGUCAUCGCCAAGCUGCAGUUGGAUGAUCCUGGCAGGGUACAACAGGCGGAGCUGCACCACGGGGCCCUGCCCGUCAUCCAGGCGGCGGCGUUGAGAGGAGAGAAGCUCCACAGGGUCUUCCACAGCACCCUGGACCACCUGGUGCACAUCAUGAGUGGCUUCUGCCUGCCUGAACCAUUUUUCAGUGGAAAGCUAAAGGAAUGGGUGGAAAGGCUGAUGAAGACUUUUCGGGACCCCUCCCUGCCACUGUUGGAGCUGCAGGACAUUAUGACCAGUGUGUCAGGCCGGAUCCCCCUCGCUGUAGAGAAAUGCAUCAAGAAGGAGAUGGCCCAGUACGCCAGCAACAUUACCUCUGUGCUCUGCCAGUUCCCCAGUCAGCAGAUUGCCAACAUCCUGGACAGUCAUGCUGCCACUCUGAACAGGAAGUCGGAGAGAGAGGUGUUCUUCAUGAACACUCAGAGCAUUGUACAGCUGGUGCAGAAGUACCGCAGUGGCAUCCGUGGUCACAUGAAGGCUGUGGUGAUGGACCUGCUCAGACAGUACCUCAAAGUAGAGGUCCAGUUCCAGCAUGGACACUACGAGAAGUGUGUGUUCACACUGCGUGAGGAGAACAAGAGCGACAUGGCCAACGUGUUAAACUACAUCUUCUCGCACGCCCAGGUCACCAAGAAGAACCUCCUGGUCACCAUGCUUAUUGACCAGCUGUGUGGUCGUGACCCCACCCUGACUGACGAGCUGAUGGCCAUUUUGACAGAGCUCACCCAGCUCAGCAAGACAACCAACGCCAAGGUGGCACUGCGCGCCCGCCAGGUGCUGAUCGCCUCCCACCUCCCGUCCUACGAGCUCCGCCACAACCAGGUGGAGUCCAUCUUCCUCUCUGCCAUCGACAUGUAUGGACACCAGUUCUGCAUCGAGAACCUGCAGAAACUGAUCUUGUCUGAGACGUCCAUCUUUGAUGUGCUGCCCAACUUCUUCUACCACAGUAACCAGGUGGUCCGGAUGGCUGCCCUGGAGGUGUACGUACGUAGAGCCUACAUCGCCUAUGAGCUCAACAGCGUCCAGCACAGACAGCUGAAGGACAACACCUGCAUUGUAGAGUUCCAGUUCAUGCUGCCUACUUCCCACCCCAACCGAGGGAACAUCCCAACUCUAAACAGGAGACUGUCUGCCCUGCCUCUUCUACUUAAGCCUGUGUCUGUGGACAGUAAAAUACAGGACACUAAAGCACAGGAUGAUAAAAGAAAGGAUGACUCUAAAACGGAGGAGAAUAAACCUCCAGAUAUGGAUGACUCUGUGGACAGGAUGUCGUUCUCAUCCAACCUGAACCACUACGGCAUGGUGCACAUGGGCAGCGUGAGUGACGUCCUCCUGGACACAUCUUUCACCCCACCUUGCCAGCGCAUGGGAGCCAUGGUCUCCUUCCGCUCCUUCCAGGAGUUCACCAGGGACAUUAAAGACGUGAUGAGCUGUUUCUCUGACUCUCCUCCUCACAGCCCCACCUUCCCAGAGGGAGGGAACCCUGUGCUCUAUGGAGAGGAGGACACCAAGAGUAUCCAAGAUGAGCCCGUUCACAUCCUCAACGUGGCCAUUAAGACUGACAGUGACAUCGACGAUGACGGCCUGGCCGCCAUGUUCCGGGAGUUCACCCAGUCAGAGAAAUCCCUGCUGUUUGAACAUGGCAUCCGCAGGCUGACCUUCCUGGUAGCUCAGAAGGAUUUCAGGAAGGCAGUCAACUAUGAGGUGGACCAGAGGUUUCAUAGAGAGUUCCCCAAGUUCUUCACCUUCCGGUCCAGAGACAAGUUUGAGGAGGACAGGAUCUACCGUCACUUGGAGCCGGCGCUGGCCUUCCAGCUGGAGCUGAACCGCAUGCGUAACUUUGCCCUGACCGCCAUUCCCUGUGCUAACCACAAGAUGCACCUUUACCUGGGCGCUGCCCGUGUGGAGGUGGGCACAGAGGUCACAGACUACCGGUUCUUUGUCCGGGCCAUCAUCCGUCACUCAGACCUGGUCACCAAGGAGGCGUCUUUUGAGUACCUCCACAACGAGGCAGAGCGUCUGCUGCUGGAGGCCAUGGACGAGCUGGAGGUGGCCUUCAACAACACCACCGUACGCACCGACUGCAACCACAUCUUCCUCAACUUUGUCCCCACCGUCAUCAUGGACCCCUCCAAGAUUGAGGAGUCGGUGCGCUCUAUGGUGAUGCGUUACGGCAGUAGGCUGUGGAAGCUCCGGGUCCUGCAGGCUGAGCUGAAGAUCAACAUCCGGCUGACACCCACAGGCAAACAGAUCCCCAUUCGCCUUUUCCUUACCAACGAGUCAGGCUACUACCUGGACAUCAGCCUGUACAAGGAGGUUACCGAUUCCCGUACGGGACAGUUGGGGCCUAAAGACCGACAGAUCAUGUUCCAGGCAUAUGGGGACACGCAGGGUCCUCUACAUGGCAUGCUCAUCAACACCCCAUAUGUGACUAAGGACCUGCUGCAGUCCAAACGCUUCCAGGCCCAGUCCCUGGGAACCACCUACGUCUAUGACUUCCCUGAGAUGGUCAGACAGGCUCUAAAGAAGCUGUGGCAGUCCACCAAAGCCUUCGCCCACCUGCCCAAAUGCCCUCUGCCCUCUGAGCUGCUCACUUUCACUGAGCUGGUCCUGGAUCCACAGGGACAGCUGGUGCAGAUGAACCGUCUACCAGGAGGGAACGAGAUUGGCAUGGUGGCCUGGCGGAUGACCAUCAGGACCCCGGAGUACCCGGCAGGGCGUGAGAUCAUUGUGAUCAGUAAUGACAUCACACACAAGAUUGGUUCAUUUGGGCCGCAGGAGGACCUGCUGUUCCUGCAGGCCUCAGAGAUGUCCAGGGAGAGUGGCAUCCCUCGUAUCUACAUCUCUGCCAACAGCGGUGCCCGCAUCGGCCUGGCAGAGGAGAUCAGACACAUGUUCCAUGUAGCCUGGCAGGACACGGCAGACCCCUACAAGGGCUUCAAGUACUUGUACCUGACCCCUCAGGACUACAAGAAGGUGUCAGCCCUGAAUUCUGUUCACUGUGAACACAUAGAGGAUGAGGGAGAGUCCAGGUACAAGAUCACUGACAUCAUCGGGAAGGAGGAGGGUCUAGGGGUGGAGAACCUGAAGGGUUCUGGGAUGAUUGCUGGAGAGUCCUCUUUGGCCUAUGAUCAGGUCAUCACCAUGAACCUGGUGACUUGUCGAGCAAUCGGGAUCGGAGCCUACCUGGUUAGGCUGGGUCAGAGGACCAUCCAGGUGGAAAACUCCCACAUCAUCCUCACUGGGGCUGGAGCACUCAACAAGGUGCUGGGUAGAGAGGUAUACACCUCCAACAACCAGCUGGGUGGGAUUCAGAUCAUGCACAACAACGGUGUGACACACAGCACUGUGUGUGAUGACUUUGAGGGAGUCCACAUGCUGCUGCACUGGCUCUCCUACAUGCCCAAGGACCGCUCUAGUCCUGUGCCCAUCAUCAAUGCCAAGGACCCCAUAGACCGGCUGGUGGAGUUUAUGCCCACCAAGGCUCCCUAUGACCCCCGCUGGAUGCUGGCAGGACGCCCCGGCCAAACUCCAAAGGGCCCGUGGCAAAGUGGGUUCUUUGACCAUGGCUCAUUCAUGGAGAUCAUGCAGCCUUGGGCUCAGAGUGUGGUGGUGGGCAGAGCCAGGCUAGGUGGCAUACCUACUGGAGUGGUUGCUGUGGAAACUAGAUCUGUGGAGCUUUCAAUCCCAGCCGAUCCAGCAAACCUGGACUCUGAAGCCAAGAUCAUCCAGCAGGCAGGCCAGGUGUGGUUCCCUGACUCUGCGUUUAAGACGUCACAGGCCAUCAAGGAUCUGAACCGCGAGGGCCUCCCUCUCAUGGUGUUCGCCAACUGGAGGGGCUUCUCUGGGGGCAUGAAAGACAUGUAUGACCAGGUGCUGAAGUUUGGAGCCUACAUCGUGGAUGGGCUGAGAGAGUACCGCCAGCCUGUUCUGGUAUACAUCCCUCCCCAGGCAGAGCUCAGAGGAGGGUCCUGGGUGGUCAUAGACCCCACCAUCAACCCCCGCCACAUGGAGAUGUAUGCUGACAAGGACAGUCGUGGUGGGGUGUUGGAGCCAGAGGGAACGGUAGAGAUCAAGUUCAGGAAGAAGGACCUGGUGAAGACUAUGAGGAGGGUGGACCCGGUCUACAUGGGCCUGGCAGAGAGACUGGGUACCCCAGAACUGGGCCUGCCAGAGAGGAAGGAACUGGAGACCAAACUGAAGGAGCGGGAGGAGUUCCUGUUACCCAUCUACCACCAGGUAGCCGUGCAGUUCGCUGACCUCCACGACACCCCGGGACGCAUGCAGGAGAAGGGCGUCAUCACGGACAUCCUGGAGUGGCGGACGUCACGCCACUUCUUCUACUGGCGUCUGAGGCGUCUGCUGCUGGAGGACACGGUCAAGAGGAAGAUCCAGGUGGCCAACAGCGAGCUGACUGAUGGACAGAUACAGGCCAUGCUGAGACGCUGGUUCGUAGAGGCUGAGGGGACUGUCAAGGCGUAUCUAUGGGACAGCAAUGAGGAGGUAGUGGAGUGGCUGGAGAAGCAGCUGAAGGAGGAGGAGGGAGCCAGGUCUAUCGUCGACGAGAACAUUAAGUACAUCCGCAGGGACCACAUCCUCAAGCAGAUUCGCAGCCUGGUCCAAGCCAAUCCUGAGGUUGCCAUGGAUUCCAUCGUGCAUAUGACCCAACACAUCUCCCCAACACAGCGUGCUGAGGUGGUGCGCAUCCUGUCUACCAUGGAUGCUGCACCGGCUGCCACCUAAGCCUCAUUUAUACCUGGUUCUAACAUGCGUCCUUUGUCUUGAUCUUGUCCACAUUCUGAUCUUGUUCACAUUUUUAGAAAGGUAUAGAUUUUUGUGAUCAUAUCUUCCUGACCACCUCCGGAGUUAGUCACGGACCCAUUGUAAACAGAUCAGGAUGGUCAAUCCAUUUAAAUCAUUAUACCGGUCUCUAAAACCAUUGACGGGUAGCUCCAUUGACUAAUGGCAUCAAUAAUUGUCUUACAAAAAAUAUAUAUAUUUUGAAAGAAUAUCUGUCACAUGAUUUGUAUACAGGGAGGCACUAGGAAAUCUGGUCACAAUGGUUGGUGGAUAAGAGACAUUUUACUACCAUGUGUAGAUCAAAUUAUAUGUCACAUGCUCUGAAUACAACAGGUGUAGACUUUACUGUGAAACGCUUACUUACGAGCCUUUUCCCAGCAAUGCAGAAUUUAAAAAGUAAGAAAUUAGAGAAAUAAAAUAAGGUAUUAAAAACGCAAUCAAUUAAAAAUAUUGAGGCUAAAUACAAGUAGUACUGAGUCGAUGUGCAGGGAUAUGAGGUAGUUGAAGCAAUCAGGAAAGAUAAGCGUAUCACCAGUGUGUGAGUAUGCAAGAGUCAGUGGUUUUAAAAAAAUAAAAGGGUAUUAAUCAGAGGCAAUGUGGGCGUAAUCAGAAUGUGAAUAUGAUCUGGACAAAGGACUCAUGUUUGCACCAGUUAUAAACCUAGAGGGCCUCUCUUCCUGGCCCCACUGUCUCCAGUGCACUGCACCCUGGCACUGCCCCUGUGGAGGAACUGUGUUGGAAACUGGGGUUGGAGGAGCCAAUGAGUUUGUGCUGUUACUGAUGAAACUGUUGGCAAUGAUUCUGGAGGGAGGGGGGACUGAUGUCCAGGGUAAUGAAUUUACACAAGUCUUACAGAAUGUGUUUGUGUUGAUAAACUCCUUCCUAAUAUUGAGUUGCAACCCCUUUUGCCCUGAGAAUAGCCUCAAUUUGUUGGGGCAUGGACUCUACAAGGUGUUGAAAGCAUUCCACAGGGAUGCUGGGCCAUGUUGAUUCCAAUGUUUGCAACAGUUGUCAAGUUGGCUGGAUGUCCUUUGGGUGGUGGACCAUUCUUGAUACACACGGGAAACUGUUGAGCAUGAAAAACCCAGCAGCAUUGCAGUUCUUGACACACUCAAACCGGUGCACUUGACACCUACGAUAGCCCGUUCAAAGGCACUUAAAUAUUUUGUCUUGCCCAUUCACCUUCUGAAUGGCACUCAUACACAGUCCAUGUCUCAAUUGUCUCAAGGCUUAAAAAUCCUUCUUUAACCUGUCUCCUCCCCUUUAUCUACACUGAUUGAAGUGGAUUUAACAAGUGACAUCAAUAACUCAUCAUACUGUAGCUUUCACGUGGUCAGUCUGUCAUGGAUAAAGCAGGUGUUCAUGUUUUGUACACUCAGUGUAUCUAGUAUAUGUAAGUGCAAUUUGAAAAUGAGGCCAAGCUUGGGGACUACACAAUUGACCCAAAGUGGAAGCAGCUCUUCAUCCAUUUGCAAUCAUAAAGAGCCUUUGUCCUAUAGGACAGGAAAACAUGCAUUGGGUUUUGGGGUGUUUUGAUGGUUAUCUUGAAAAUAAAAUGCCAGCAGAUUGGAA